GGACAGCAAGCGCCAACCAUCUACUCUUAUCUCCUUGAUUAUCUUCCGUCUCCGUCUCCACCCCUCCUGCAGUUCUCGCUUGCGCGUACUUUACCGCUCUCGGUUGGUUCUCGGCUGAUCGAUCGUGCGCUGAGCUCUUGCUUCCACGAGCCAGGCCCGAGGAAGAAUUAGCCUAAGAAAGAUUUGCAGCAAUGGCAGUGCUGCUGCAGGCACAGUCGCUGCUGCGCGCACCGGCGGGCAGACCCGCUCUCCGGUCGGUGUUCUGCGCACUGCCACUGUCGGUGCGGAUGCCGGCGCCGACCAGGGCAACGUUCUGGGAGGCGGCACGGAUCACGAUGCGGUUUGGCGGCGUCGCGUCGAAGCAGGCCUACAUCUGCCGGGACUGCGGGUACAUAUACAAGGACAGGACACCGUUUGAGAAGCUGUCCGAUGACUACUACUGCCCUGUCUGUGCCGCUCCCAAGAGAAGAUUCAGGCCUUAUGAACAACCGGUGGCCAAGAACGCUAACACCACCGAUGCCAGGAAGGCGAGGAAGGGGCAGCUGAAGAAGGACGAAAGUGUCGGGAAAGCUUUGCCUAUUGGUAUCGUGGUCGGGAUCGUUGCACUUGCCGCCCUGUUCUUCUACCUGAACAGUGUUUACUAGAUGAUGACAAGAAAGGAAAAGGAAAGACAUAUUAUGAUACUUUGAAUCUUUUUUGUCAUAAAAUUGGCUAUCAGAGUGCCUGGAAAUCUGGGUAUAACAACAAGUACGCUGCACAAAAUUUGAUUUGGAGAUCGAAGAAUCAUUUUGAGUAA